UCGGCCCACCAUGGCGGUUUACGGCGCUCGAGCUUCUGCUGCUGAGCAAGCUUGGCUUGAGGUUGCCCAGGCCUUCAUCCAAGAGACCCUGUGUCCAACUACCAAGGAGCCUAAUGUCCAGUUGACUCAGUUGGUAAUUGAUUGUGUGAAGACUAUCUGGUUGUCCGAGGGAAGGAACCAGGGAUUUACACUGCCUCUCAGCUACAGCUUUGUCUCAGUACAGGACCUCAGGACCCACCAGCAUCUCCCGUGCUGCAGCCACCUGUCCUGGAGCAGUAGUGCCUACCAGGCUUGGGCCCAAGAGGCUGGACCAAAUGGGAACCCCCUGCCCCGGGAGCGGUUGUUACUUUUAGGGACACUAACAGAUCUCUCAGAGGACUUGGAACACGAGCGCAGGAAUGGAAGCCUCUAUGUGAGAGAUAACACUGGAAUCCUGGGCUGUGAGCUCAUAGAUCUGGACCUUUCUUGGUUGGGCCAUCUCUUUCUGUUCCCCAGUUGGAGUUACCUCCCUCCUGCCAGGUGGAAUUCCUCAGGGGAAGGGCACCUGGAGCUCUGGGCUGCCCCUGUGCCAGUGUUUCCUUUGACCAUCAGUCCUGGCCCAUUCACACCUAUCCCUGUCCUCUACCCAGAGAUUGCUUCCCGCCUGCUCAGGCAAAGAAACAAGCUCAGAUUGCAGCCAAAUCUGGCUGGGAAACUAGUUCGAUUGAGUGCUCUGGUGAAAAGUCAACAGAAAGCUUACUUCGUCCUUUCUCUUGGUGGAUUAUCCCCAUGUGACAACCAAGUUGUCAGCCAUGUAUCCGUCAUUGUACAGGUCCCCGCCCAGCUGGUGUGGCACCGAGCCCUUUGGCCUGGUAGGGCCUACGUGCUGACAAAACUGCGAGUAUCCAAGAUCCGUGGUCACUGUUACCAUGUUUGGAUGACCAGUGCCUCCUCCCGUCUGUUGCUGCUGAAACCAGAAUGUGUGCAGGAACUGGAACUGGAGCUGGAAGGACCUGUCUUAAAGGCCGACCCCAAGCCACUCUCCAUGCCUAGCAACUCCCAGGACAGGAAGGGACAGAAAGGUGUUGUCCGGGACUCCAGACUCUUAUCAUAUAUGGGAACAGUCACUGGCGUGCUGAAUGAGCCUGCUGGCCUCUACGAGCUGGACGGGCAGCUGGAGCUCUGCCUUGCCUACCAGCAGUUCCAUGGCCUCAAGCGUGUGAUGCGAUCGGGGGUCUGUCUGGAGCUCCAGGAUGUUCACCUUCUCCAGUCAGUGGGAGGAGGGACGAGAAGGCCAGUGCUAGCCCCCUGCCUCCGUGGCGCCGUUCUGCUCCGGGGCUUCUCUCGGCAGAAGCCUGGGACUCAGUCAUCCCACCAAGCCCAUGGUGCCUCCCUGUAUGAACAGCUGGUGUGGGGACGUCAGUUAGGACUCCCCCUCUACCUGUGGGCUACCAAGGCCCUGGAGGAGCUGGCCUGCAAGCUGUGUCCCCACAUGCUGAGACACCACCAGUUCCUGCAGUGUUCCUCUCCUUGGAACCCCAGCCUGGGACUGCAACUCCUCGCUCCUACCCUGGAUAUUCUAGCUCCACCAGGCAGCCUCAAGCGGAAUGCUCACAGUGAGAUCCUUGAAGAGCCACAUCGCUGUCCCCUCGAGAAAUAUGCUCGGCUGCAGACUCCCUGCUCUUUCCCUACUCUGGCCACCUUGAAGGAGGAAGGAGAGUGUAGGGCCUGGGCCUCCUUUGACCCUAAGGCCCUUCUGCCCCUCCCAGAGGCUGCCCACCUUUCCAGCUGCCAACUCAAUCACCGCCUGGCCUGGUCCUGGCUCCGACUGCUGCCCUCUGCCUUCCACCCAGCCAAGGUCUUACUUGGGGUUCUGGUGGCUUCAUCUCAUAAAGGUUAUCUGCAACUUCGGGACCAAAGUGGUUCCCUGCCCUGCCUGCUCCUGACCAAGCAGUCGCAGCCCCUCACUGACUGCCGGCUCAUAGGUUGCCUGGUACGUGCAGAGAGGUUCCAGUUGGUCAUAGAAAGGGAUGUCAGAAGCAACUUCCCCUCCUGGAAGGAUCUGAGCAUGGCAGGCUUCAUCCAGAAGCAGAAGGCCAGAGUCUAUGUCCAGUUCUUUCUGGCUGAUGCCUUGAUCCUGCCUGUGCCCAGAUCCUUCCUUCACUCAGCUAUCCCCUCAACAUUUCCUCAGACAGAGUGCACUAGCCCAGAGGGACCCCACAUGGGACAGAGCCGGUUAUUCUUGCUGUCCCACAAGGAGGCCCUCAUGAAGCGGAAUUUUUGUGCGCCCCCUGGAGCCAAUCCAGAGGUGCCCAAGCCCAUCCUCAGUUUCCACGUGACAGGCAUCUGGCUUGGGGGCACCCAGAAGAAGGAGGGGCCUGGAUGGGGCCCGCCUGAGCCCAGUGGAGAUGAGGACAAGGAUCAGAAGUUCCUCCUCAUCUUCCACGGCUCUUCAAUCCGUUGGUUUGAAUUCUUGCAUCCAGGGCAAGUGUACCGACUUGUGGCUCCUGGCCCCGUUACACCAUUGUUGUUUGAAAAUAGUCCAACCUGCAAAUCUCAGCGUCCUCUGGAGUUGGCUGGCUGUGUGUCCUGCCUUACUGUCCUGGAUGAGUGGACCCUGGAGUUUGAGAGCUCCCAGGAUGUCCCAGAUGUGCUGGCUAUAAAAAAGGCACUGCCAGAAUCCUCGCUGACAGACCUGCUCAGUGGCAACUUCACAGAUUCCUUGGUGUCUUUCUCAGCUGAGAUUUUGUCACGAACACUGUGUGAGCCACUUCUGGCCCCUCGCUGGACAAAGCCUGAGAGCACUGGAGCUGUGAGAAGGUGUGUGAAGCUCACUGUAGCUCUAGAGACAGCCGACUGUGAAUUCCCUCCUCACCUGGACGUAUAUAUUGAAGACCCACACUUGCCUCCCUCACUAGGACUCCUGCCUGGAGCCCGAGUCUAUUUUCACCAGCUGGAGAAAAGGGUUUCCAGAUUCCACAAUGUUUACUGUUGUUUCCGGUCAUCCACUUAUGUGCAGGUCCUGAGUUUUCCCCCGGAGAACACAGUCAGCAUUCCCCUGCCCCAUAUCUACCUGACUGAACUUAUGCAGGGUGGCUGGGCACCAUUCCAGGCCACUGCCUCUUGCCAUAUUGUCUCCAUCUUUAGCCUUCAGCUCCUCUGGGUGUGUGCUCAUUGUACCAGCAUCUGCCCCCAGGGAAAGUGCACUCGUCAGGGCCCUGCUUGCUCCACUCAGACAUCUAUAAGCCAGGCCAGCAUCAGGCUUCUGGUGGAGGAUGGGACUGCUGAAGCUAUGGUGACCUGUAGGAAUCAUCAUGUGGCAGCAGCUCUAGGGCUGUGUCCUAGUGAGUGGAGCUCUCUCCUAGAGUUUGUCCGAGUGCCAGGGAGAGUGGCCUUGCAGUUUACUGGGCCUGGAGCUCAACCUGAGUCCUCAGCCAAGAUUGAUGAGCCCUUGACUUUCUUCCUGUGGACACUUUGUACCAGCCCCUCUGUCCUUCGCCCUAUUGAGCUUUCUUUUGAGCUUGAGAGGAAGCCCUCUAAGAUCAUUCCAUUAGAACCUCCUCGGCUACAGCGGUUCCAGUGUGGAGAGCUCCCCGUCCUGACUCAUGUGAAUCCCAGGCUCCGACUGGCCUGCCUUUCUAUCCAGGAGCCAGAGCGCCCCAGCUGUCUGGGGGCCUUUGCUUCCUCCUGCUAACCUGAACUCCAAGGAUGGCCUGAAAGUUGUUCUUGCCUUGCUGGAAACCUUGAGGCCUGGGUCCCGGCUCUUCCCCCUUGUUGUGGCCCCUACUUUCUCUGUGAUUGAACCAGGACUCCAGAUCCUUGGAUCCACAAAUUUCUACCUCUUCACAAAUUACCUCUCACUGCAAUUUCUCCUCCUUGGUAUUCUGGUGCCAGACUGCCUUGGAGAAAUUUUGGAAACAAGCAAAUCAUGGUGCUGUUGAUAUUUCCUCUGUGGUUGGGGUCAGGGCACCUGCACUUGCAGGUGGCUCUGAGCACCUGGGUUCGGCCUUUGUGGCAUGAGCUGGAGGAACAGAAGACUUUCCCCUUGUGGAGGUGCUGGUU